CUCUCCGGAUUUUCAAAGUGAUUACCUCUGGGAGUGAAGCCGUCGCUUACAUCUGCAGUUAUCACGUCCAUUUAUCUAUUGAUGAAGGACUGGUGAUAGUUACGUUGGAUGUUUUUGUUAAUGGAGUGAUUCAGCUGUUUUUCUCAUAAAGGAAUCAUUAUGUAAAUCAAUUUUACCUCCCCCAAGGAGCACAGUUCCUUUUCUUUAUAUCUUCACAGCAAAGUGUUUUCAAGCCUGAACAGUGGCACAGCUGCACAAUAGGACUCCAGUCGCUGCUACCUGGAAUUUUUGAUGCACAAACCUAUUUGGAUAUGACUGUGGAGAAAGCCACUGUGUGUAAAUUGUAGUCUGGUGUGGGCUCCUGCACUUGAUAACGAAGCUCUUGCCUCGACUCGCAAUCAUGGUUAAAGCACCCACAUCCGAAUCAAUUGCCCUGGGGCCACACAAACCAAAUGAUACCCCGGAGAGCACUCUUCAAAACACAGGGUCCAGCUCGCUUAAGACAUCAUGGAAAGCGAUCACAGUGAAUUUCAUAAUGCGGACCAAGAUCCAUGGUUUGAAAUUUGUCUUCUCUCCGGACAAGACGAAACCGCAGCGAGUCAUCUGGGUCCUGGCCUUCCUGCUGUGUCUCAGUCUCCUCUUCACCUGGUCCUGGAAUCGAAUCCUCUAUUUGAUGUCCUACCCUGCCGUCACCAAAAUCUACAUGGUCUGGGCUCACAACAUGUCCUUUCCAGCGGUUACUUUCUGCAAUAAGAAUGUGUUCCGUGUGUCCACUCUGACCAGGGAUGACCUGUAUCACAGUGGCUACUGGAUGGACCUCUUGUAUCCCAACCACACAGUGAUAAACAGGAGCCUGUCCAUUCUUAAAGACAGCCACAAGCAGGGGCUCCUGAGUCUUCUCGACUUCAACAACUACACCCCGCCCCCUGAUUAUCGCAUCAACACCACAGAGAUGAUGGGUCGGCUCGGUCACCAGCUGGAGGACAUGCUGCUGGAGUGCAGGUUUCGUGGAGAAACCUGCACCUACAAAAACUUCAGCACUAUUUAUACACGCUACGGGAAAUGCUACACUUUCAACUCGGGAUUGGACGGCAACCCUUUGUUGACAACGCUGAAAGGUGGCACAGGCAACGGCUUGGAGAUCAUGCUGGAUAUUCAGCAGGAUGAAUACCUGCCUGUUUGGGGAGAGACAGAUGAGACGUCCUAUGAGGCCGGCAUAAAGGUACAGCUUCACUCUCAGUCAGAGCCUCCUUUCCUCCACGAGCUGGGCUUCGGGGUCGCCCCCGGCUUCCAAACGUUUGUUUCCACCCAAGAGCAGAGGCUUCAGUACCUCCCACCGCCUUGGGGAGACUGCAAAUCUACUCCCAUAGACUCUGAAUACUUCUCCACAUACAGCAUCACUGCAUGCCGCAUUGACUGUGAAACCCGGUACCUGCUGGAGAACUGCAACUGCAGGAUGGUUCACAUGCCGGGGACCUCCACAGUUUGCACACCUGAGCAGUACAAAGACUGUGCUGACCCGGCUUUAGACUUUUUGGUAGAGAAAGACAACGAUUACUGUGUCUGUCAGACCCCCUGCAACAUGACUCGCUAUGGCAAGGAGCUGUCCAUGGUUAAGAUCCCCAGUAAGGCAUCUGCUAAAUAUCUGGCUAAGAAAUUCAACAAAUCUGAGCAAUAUAUUGGAGAAAAUAUAUUGGUCUUGGACAUCUUCUUUGAAGCUCUUAAUUAUGAGAAGAUAGAGCAGAAGAAGGCCUAUGAAAUUGCAGGGCUUCUCGGUGACAUUGGAGGUCAGAUGGGACUGUUCAUUGGAGCCAGUGUUCUAACAAUACUGGAAAUAUUUGACUACCUAUAUGAGGUGUUUAAGGAUAAGGUUUUGGGUUACUUCAUACGCAAGAAACGACCACAGCGUUGUCAGAGCGACAAUCUGGAGUUUCCAGAGAACCCAACCAGCCCUGGUGUCACGCCUAAUCAUGCCCCCAGAGCACCUGUGACACCCUCCGGAGUCACUCGGACAGUCUCGGAUUCACGCCGAACAUGUUACCUCGUCACCCGACUUUAGGCAACUUCGAGGAGUUUGCUUGUUGACAACAUAAAGUAGGGGUUGGAGUGGGGUGGCACAUCUGGGAACUUGACAGUAAACUGUGAAAUAAUUUAUGUAUUUAACAGAAAAAGGGUUGAGUGUAUACUCAAAAAUGCAUAGUACAGUUUAUCAUUGCCUGAAUAGAAAUAGAAUACUAUCAUCAGACAAAAAAAGAGAUCACUUCCAAAACAGAACUCAGGUUUAACUGCCAUGUCGAGGCAUCAAUGUUAAUUUAUUCAUGUUUCAUUUUGUUGACUUGUUUUAUGUUAUCCAGUCACUUUAGAGUAUACAAUCAGUGAAGCUAAAUGUGUCCAAAAAAGGGAUUCUGACUUGUGUUGAGAUGAGUUAUACGUAAUACUGCUGUGUUAGUUUUGCUGUACAUCAAUCAAUUGCAAAAAAAAAAAACAAAAAAAAGUGGAUUGGUAUGUGUAGCAGCGUUUAUUAUCAGUGUCUGGCAUCUAACCAAUGCUGUAUUGAGUGACCUUAUAUUAUACAUGUCACUAGUUUUAACAGAAGAGCCUUUUUAGAAAUCGGCUCUACUUUAUUGAGCUGAUUGUUGGUUAAAAGAGCUACUCAGACCUGAAUCUAAACACUAGACUAGUGUUUCAUGUUGCCUUUUGCUACUAUGAGGCUUUAAACUGUCUCAUGAAUUAGAUGACUGUGCUUCAAUUUUACAAAAACAGAGGAGGAACUUGAUUAUUUGUACAUAUGCAAGUAUUAGAUGUAGUUUCCCAUGGAUCGUGGGAUGACUGAGACUGCUGGAGUUGACAUUUUUGUGACUUUAGGUAUUUUUUUUAUGUGCAGUAAGAGUCAGAGAAGAGAGUUGAGAGGCCAAAAAGGCAGCUGAUUGUAUGUUUAUAUAGCUGACGUUCAAUUUUCAUUACCCAUUUUUAGAUAGUGUUGCUGUGCUGACGGCCACAAAAAAACCUGCUAGUAUUCAGCCAGCUGUAAAAGUUGGCCCUUAUUUCCAUGAAAUUCAUUUCAACAGGAAUAUUUCAAAUUUCCUUUGCCUUUCUCAAUAAUUUUUCAUCACAGUGUCUUAAAGGUAUUCAUCAGCACAAUCCCAUGUGAUAGUAAUCUAUUCUCUAUUGAACAUAAGAGUUUCAAAGGCUUGCUGGUGACAUUCCUAAACUUGACAGAAAUUUGUAAAUACCCACAAUCAAAUGCCAUGAAGAAAUUCUACACUGCUCAUGUGAAACAUUUGUCAGACAUAUAUAUGAAUAUAGAUAUACAGUACAUAGAUUUAAAAAUAAAGGGUGUUUCUUCAUCUGUUCUUACACCAGAAGGAAUUUGCACUUUCUAUCUGGGUGGACCGUAAGUGUCUUUGAGUUUCUGGUGAUGACAACAUGACUGACAACUGAAUAGAUCUUAUUAGGUACAAGAGAAUUUGCCUCAAAACAUCCAAACCACCUCAGCCCCAUUCAGUUCGGUUGAUUUCUAUUAGAAAUGCAUUGUACAAUUUUACCACUGUAUCCUAUUAUUAUUAUUAUUAUUAUAUCAUUAUUAUUACAGAAUAUGUAAUAAGUCACAAAUAACAGUUUGUGAUGUAUAAAUGAUCAAGUAUAAUAAACUCUAUAUUUACCCAUCUAACCCACGUACACAACUUUUCUUCUAAUCUUCGUGUCAGUCUACUUCCUCUCUUGUUAACGUUCACUCUGUGUUACUUAAAUCCUUGACACUACAGUUAUGGACUAUAAAUACUUUACUGGAAAUUCAGAGGACUUUUAUUCAUUUUAUUUCUUUUUAUGUGAAACUUACAAGUAUAACGCCAGUCAAGUAAGUGGUGUUCAUAACACUGUAGCUUUAUUACUCUGUUGUCUGUGUAUUAGAUGACUGUUGAUGUGAAGCACAAACCCUUGGAGAUCAGCCAUCACUCGAAAGCCAAUGACCGGACGUCUAUGGUUGUGACUACCUUUUGUGGCUCUAGUUUUAACUACACACACUGUUACGCAUUAGUGUGCUCACAGCUCCAGCAUUAUCAGGAAUUGAGAGUGUAAUCCAAGCGGAGCCAGAGACCACCUCGUGGAGAGACUUUAUCCAAAUGGAAAUUUUACCUUUCAGGAAAGACAAAGGUAAAUCAGUGGCAUUGUGUCGAGAGCAAUAAAUGCACUGAAUCAAAUACCACUGUAAUCAAAUUGACACAAAAAAUAUAUAUAUUUGAUUUGGGAUUCCCAUUUUCAAUUAACGACCUAUCCAACAGCUGGAAUGGAUGUAGAUAAAUAACAGCUGCCAACUGCAGCUAUGGUGUAUGAUAUAAUUGUAUAAUAACUGUUAUCAGCUAAAUAAGAGACACAAAUGCCAAUUCAUGAUACACAAUGAUGCUACUCUGAUGAUGCUGCAUUGCCCUGAUGAUUUUGAGUGUCAUGUUGUUGGGUUGAAAAGCAGAAAAACGACCCAACUUGACCGCAAACUGUGGAGAUAUGUCGGCUUUGUGAAAGUGUCCCGGGUCUUUACCUCUCUCUCCCCACCCCCUGCCUUACUACCAGUCAAAGAACAGCAGAGUGUAUCUGAGCUGGCAGAAACUAUUAGGCUACUGAACUAUUUAUGCUAAUUAAGUAGUCCUUAAUUGAUAUUUACCGCAUAGUUAUGGCCAGGUUUUAAAAAACUAUUCUAUAUAUUUCUGUCAACCAACACUUGGAUUUGAACUAUUUUAUUCUAAUCGUUUACAGCACCCAUUUUCUUCCUUGCAUGACCAUUGUGUAUCCCUAUUAUCUCUGGUCUAUUAAUGUAAUAUUAGCUCUGCUAUUCACUUUGUAUUGUCCAAAGUGUAUUUAUGGAGUCAGAUGAAUCAAAAAGUUGUUCUCCACAUCCAGUGGUACAAUGUCCUGGAUCUUUACAACAAAAAUCCUCCUCUAACCAGGCUUGGGAUCAUGCACUGCACAACGAAAGAAUGAUAAGCUAAUGCUAAAACUGCAACAUCGUCUUAACAGUUUCUGAGAAUUGAUGAAACACAGCGAGGCUUGAAGUGAAACUGCAAUGUGCCUUUAAGACUAGUUCUUACAGGUUCUUACAUCAAGAUUUUCCUGCACACACACACACACACACACACAUACACACACACACACACUCACACAUCUGGAGAACUGGAGUUGCUUCAUCUGGCUCUACAUGCUCUAUGUGCAAUUUAUUGUAGAUAUGUGAUUUUAACUCUGAACUGUACAUUAAAUAGUUAAUACACACUUAA